AUGUCUGCCGGAGCUAUUCGUGCCCCACUUGUUAUCCCCCUGAGGAGCCCUGAUUUAGGCUUGUUCAAAUCACAUUUGGAUACAAAUACAUAUCUGGAUCUUACUUGUGAUACGCCAGAUGUAGCUAUUUAUUUUACAAUUAAUGGGAAUAGACCAACGGUCGCAAAAAGUAGGAAGGAACUGCAAAAUAGUGGGACCUAUAGAUUCCAAAAGCCUUUUACUUUACCGCCUGGAUGUCAUACAGUACGAGCAGUAGCUGUUUCUCUGGAUAAUGGUAAUGAAAGCAGUGUAGUUACAAAAACAUUCGAUGUGGUCAAAGUCAAGAGUUUUCAUGUUAGUGAUAAAAAUGACUUCGGAGAUGAUUAUGGUUUUCUCAAUGAACUAAAGCUAAUCGAUUCCAAACGUCGAAGACAAUUGUCGGAAGCUGAUCGUUCUGACACUCAUGAGUCUAUUCACCGCUUAUCGGAGAAAGAUAAUGAAACUGUCCGAAAAUGUUCUUCAGAAAAAAAUUGCUGUCACGUAAUCAAGAAGUCUACUAAAGAUCAAGAAAAUCAGGUUAAUUUGAAAAGUGAGUGUGUAUUAUCAACAGACAACCAGAAUAAUAAUAUAUCGAUAAAAUCGUCAUUGAUUCAUGAAUACCCUGAGCUUUCAUCUCAUAUGAUUAAUAAGCUACAACAGACGACAGAUAUUUUACGAUGCCCCAAUUGUUACCAUCCAAGACCAGUGAGUAGAAAACAAAACUUUUGCUUCCAUUGUGGCGUAAAUCUACCCACACUGUCGACACCAAAAUAUGGUUCUUCUGCUUUAGAAAAUAUUGGUGUAUGUCCUUAUUGUAAAGCGCAUGUACCAUUAAAUUUAACUAGUUGUUUAGUUUGUGAAAGUCCACUACAGAUACAGAAGUUUGGACAAUGUCGUAAAGAAUCUCGUUUGUGUACAACAUGUAAAACAAUGAACCCUACUGACGUAAAAAGUUGUAUAAUAUGUGAAGCUAAAUUAGCAACAGGGGCAACUAAUGUCAUUCUUUCGGGUUUCCAGUCUACAUAUGAUUCUCGUCCUCCCCUACCUUAUCCAGAAAUGUGUAAAAAUGUACGUUUUUCUACUUGUCCUUAUUGUCAUCGUGAAAAUAAUCUUGAUGCUCGAUAUUGUGAUUGGUGUGGUUUAGAAGUACCAAAACACUAUCAACAAUCACUGAAUGGUGGUGAACUGAAAUCUUCUAAUAAUAUUAGUGGUAACAGACAGUUAUUCAACCCGGAUUAUCCAGAUUCGAUUCCAGAUGUAUCAUCUAUUGGUUUGCAUAACACUCCAAAAGAUAAUCAAAAUAAAAUCACUCUACGAGAUGGUUUUAUUCAUUGUAUAAAGUGCGAUUUACCGAAUCCAAAAGAAGCAAAUUAUUGUUCUUAUUGUGGAUUAAACUUGAUGCCUCCUCCACGUUGUACUGGAUGGUUUCCAAUAAUUAAUGGAUCAAAUCACCAUGAAUUUGAGAUUGGCGGAAAUCAACCUGAAAAGUCGGUUUCACAGCACAAGUACCUACAACCUGUAGUCGCAAAUGUUUCUACCCAAACUUAUGGGAUAUUUUAUCCAAGUUCAACAGACUUACGACGGCAAGAUCAGUUAGCUCAAAAUCGUUUGUCAGUCGAUGUUCAACUGCGAGACAGAAUACCUACACUAACUGCAAUAAGUCCCGGAAGAGGUUUUUGGCGAAAGCAAUUAGACCAUAUAUUUGCACAUUUAAAAUUAUAUACAAAUAAUAAUUCAGAAUUUCGCGCUUCGAUUGGUCAACCUAGAUUUGGCAAACUUUUGUCCGCUGACCUUUGUGCACUGGCAUCCAAUCAGGCAAAAAUUACUUUAAUCUAUUCACUCCCGAAUGACAAAAACAAUACAUCUAGAACACUAAAUACAACAGGUCCAAGUAAAAUUCCAUUGGAUUUAGAUUACUGUGAUAAUCAUAAUAAUGACGUGAUCCCUCACUUCAAUAAAUACUCAAAUCAAACUAUACCAAACUCUGGUGAUUUCAGAAAUGAUAAACAUGAAAAUGACUUAGAUCAGAAGUCAAUUGACAGUAAAUCAAAUAAUAAAGAGUCUAUCAAUUUGUUUCCAACAAGGGAUGGUCAUUGUGAAUCAUUUCGACCGAUCCCAAAUCAACAAAGUCUGUAUAGUAACAAUAGUAACCGGUCGUCUUCUAGAUCUCCACAUAAAGCGGAUGAUCAUCAAAAUAAAAGCAAAACUAAGUCAAUUGAAUGGGAAGAUGCUAAUAGUAAUGAGGAUGAUGAGGAAUCUAGACAAAAUACACAACCUCCUACUAAAUCAACAAGUUCCAUAAAAACAAAAUCAAAUGAUAAAUCACUGAGUAUACAAUCUAAUCCUAACUUACAAUAUGGUGAAGUCGGUGUUGCUCUACUACGAAAUUCUAAAUUAUCGACUUCAGAUCUUAAUUUGUUCUACACAUUAUGUCAACCGAAAUUAGAUAUUCAUGAAGUUAAACGUCUUCUUAAUGAAGGUGCAAAUCCGAAUUGUAUUAAUGCUGCUAAAGAAACACCAUUAAUUUGUGCUGUACGUCAUGGCUUCGUUGAAGCGAUAUCUGUACUAAAAGAAAAUGGUGCACAGGUUAAUGCUACCGGAACAUCAUUAGGCAACACUGCAUUACAUGAAGCAGUUCUGCGUGGCAUUGACGGAUUAGAAUUGGCAAAAGAGUUAUUAAGAUGUGGUGCAAAUAUGAAAAUAGAAAAUAAUCGUAAAGAAACACCACAUUCACUAGCGUUACAUUCGAAUUGUGAACCGUUAAUACGGCUGUUCGCUUUACAUUUAGGUCAGAAACAAUUGAAAGAACUCAUGGAUUAUGAUACUCCAGGCGAAGCUGACUUGAAAUUGAACAAUCGUCUAGAUAUAGUAUAA